CCCUGCCUGUGCCCACUCAUCAUGUCUGCAGCCGCGCCGGACGGGCCGCAGGUUGAUCGCGACGACGACGCCGUCAUGACGCCGUCGGCCAGUGCGCAGCCGCAGCAGGCCUCGCCCGCAGCCGCAGCCGCACAGCAGCCCGAGGGCGCGGCGCCCAGCACCGCACCGGCACCCGCCUCGCCGCCGCGCUCGGCUCAACAGACGCUGCAUGUCGUCGCGUCACCAAGCAAGAAGACGCGUGCCGUCGAUGUGCUGGCUCUCGACGACACGGGCACGUCGGGCGAUGAUGCUGGCGAGGAGGACGAGGAGGAGGAGCUCGAGGCGCAGCCGCUCUCGUCGCGCACGCGUGGCGCAUCCCACGGCGGCGACGAGGAGAUGGACGACUUCCGCAUCACGAGCGCACGCCGCUUCGACGCUACUCGCAAGCCCAAGGCGCGCAAGCAAGACGUCGGCAAGGAGGGCCGUCUGCUCGACGAAGAUAUCCGGCAGCGCUAUAUCCGAGAGAUCGGCGACAUCUUCGCCGAGCCUGGCGUCUCUAAGUGAGGCGUGCUGCUGCUCGCCAUCAACCCCAGCGCCGCGUCCUCUCGGCCCACUUCUCUCGCGUCACGCUCUCUGUUCAGCUCCCUUCUUCAUCAUGUACCACCACCCAUGCAUCCGUCAUUCACGCGCGUGUCUCAGCGUCC